AUGGACAACAUUCCGAAACCGUUCCCUCUACUCCGUCUACCUCGUCUUGUCUUAGAUGAAGUUUUUAUCAUGAUGAGGCCAUUCGAAUUAAUCAAUUUCUCAAUGGCUUCUUUGAAAUCGAAAAUUGUUAUGAAGUGUUUUUUGAGAACGAAUGGAAACUUGAAGUAUUCCAUAGAAGUAAAUACACACGAAGAGCCAAAAGUUUCCAUUGUAAUAUCAAAGACUUUCUUUGAUCAAAGAAUGACAUCUGAAAGAGAGAAACACAAAAAAGAGGAGUAUAUUGUAACCCGAGAUGGUUUUACAGCCGAUCGAGUUUGGAUAUAUUCGGAAAAUUUAAUUAGUGACUGGAUGAAACUGUUCCAGACAGUAUCGGAAUUAUUCAAUUUUAAACGUCGCGUGGUCUUUUUCCGUCCUGACACUUUUCCAGAUCAGAACAAAUCAAUAAUUGACUUUAUUAAGUCUCAAAUGCCAAUAAUCAAUACUUGUUCAGUCAAUGGAGAAAAAGAAUAUGAUGAUGAUGUGGAAUAUUUUCUGGAAAAUGUUGAUGUGACUGAAAGUGUAGAGUUACAUUCAAGACUCACUAAUGAAUUCCAAGCGAAAAUCGAUAGGCCUCUCGAAAAUAUUUCGAUUGAUUUUGGAGAUUGGCUAAAUUACAACCAAUUUAUCAAAUUCAAAAGUUGUGAAAUAGCGUUGAAAAAAUCUAGUAUAACCAACCUAGAAUUGAAUACAUUCCUUCUCAGCUGGAUGUCUAUGGACUCCCAUCAACAUCUUGAACGUCUCAGAAUUCCAGUUAAUGACCCGGAAUCAUAUAACGUCAUUUUGAAUCUACCCCAUGAAGUAAAUAAUGUUGACGUGAUCAGACAUGGCAGAACUGCUAGAAAUGAAGUAUUCCGUAUGCGAGGUGGAAUUAAUAUCAAGAGAAACGAUGGAGUCACUGGUACAAUUUAUUUCAAAAUGGACGGUAACCAACUGAUGUUUAAUAUGAUUGUCUUUGUAUCAUUUGUCUGA